AUGUAGUACCAGUAUACUAUAUAGUCCGAUUAAAUCUUUCCACAAUUGAGAAAGGUUUCUUUCAUGGCUUAUGCGCUGUUGACAUCAAUAUCCAUAAACCAACCUACAGCAUAAGUCUCCAUGCAUUACAACCUCAAAUAAAACCACAUGACUUUGCUCUGUAUAAAGUAAAUGCAACAUCGCCUGAGAAAGUGAUAUUUCAUGAAUUUAAACAUGAUACCAUGACAGUCUAUUACGAUAAGGAGUUGUCACCUGGAGAGUACGUCUGGAACAUAACGUUCACUACCAGUUUAUUCAGUGACGACAAAGAUCUGUUUGAAACUUCUAUCACAAAUGGAAAAGAAAGUGGACUAUUGCUUGGAUCACCGAGCCAAAAGAUUGGAGCACGAAGAAUAUUUCCAUGUUGGGACCAACCGAAUUUCAAGGCGAAAUUUGAAAUUCGCCUAAAACAUCUUAAUAAACACGUAGUUUCAUCGAAUAUGGCUAUAGAAUGGGAAUAUGCGUCACCUAAUGAAACGAUAACGGAAUUUGUCCUAACCCCACGAAUUUCCCCCUUUUUCUUCACAAUUAUGAUAUGUAAUAUUUCCCGGAUUCCUGCCGAAGAUAUCACUCUUCAACGCAGACAACAAGUAGCAUCAUAUUUAAAUUACGCAGAAAUAAUGAUUAGAAAUGUCAUACUACAUAUAGAAUCUCAAUGGAACGGUUGCAGACUGACACGGUUUGAAAAAAUGGAUCAUGUUGCCUUUCCGGAUCUUCGUCAAGAGUUUAUGAGGAUUAUGGGUUUUACUUUAUAUAGAGAAACAGCUCUAAUCUAUGAUGAAAAACUCGACAGUAUUAUGCACAAAAUAAAUAUGGCACGAUUGGUAGGAUAUGCAUUCGCUCAUCAAUGCUUUAAUAAACCGGAAAACUUUCAGCCAUGGCCUCGUGUGUGGUUGACCGAAGGAAUUCUUAUAUUACUUACAGUAGAAGAAAUCAACAAAUUGUAUCCAGAUUUACAAAUUAUGGAUCUGUUCGUAGUGCAGAUUCAACAAGAAUCUCUCCGACUGGAUACUGAUUCCAUUAUAGUGCCACUUGCUAAAAGUACUAGAAUAAAUCAAGGUUCUCCUUACCCCUAUUAUGUAAAAGCACCUGUUAUACUACGUAUAUUGCAACAUACGAUAGGUCAAGAGCUUUUCUGGAAAAUUAUUAGGAGACUUCUUAAUAACACGAAAUAUAACACCUGGUUAAUUCUUGAUGAUUUUUGGGAGACAUUACCUGUAUUAGGCUACAUAUAUGACAGUUAUCUUUCUGUACAAAACAUGCUAACGUCGUGGAUCAAAUUACGUCAUUAUCCAGUGCUGAAGGUGCUUCAAUACAAUCGAUCCCAUGUAACCGUAAUCAUGGAUAAUACACUGGGUAAUAUGAUACACAUACGGAACAUUUUGCUGAGCCUUCUUGAAAGUAUUAACGCCUUUACAGUGAAAAUGUAUGAAAAACCUAACAAUCUUAGUUCAUGUUUAAUACAAGAAGCAGCGAAAUGGGCAUGUGUUCUCGGUCACUCCAAAUGCCAAAGGACUGCUACUUCUAUAUUGUCGCAGCAUUUAAAUAGUAGUACAAGAGUUUCGCCAAUUUGGAAGAAAUGGACAUAUUGUAACGGUAUACUAUUUAAUAGUAGCGAUAUUUGGUGGAAUGUAUUUACUUUAUGGAUAAAGACAAGAGACAGUCAACUUUUAGACUAUCUAUCUUGCACUAGAAAUUCUUCUAUCGUCCACGAUUACUUACAAUUAAAUAUGCUAAUUCGAAAAGGGAAUAUACUUGGUUAUGUGGAUUAUACAAGUGGUUUCAAAAAAGUGCAACGCAUUGACCAUGUGAACAGUUUUCUUUUCACUAUUGUUAGGCAUGCAAAGGAUGACAUAGUAUUAGAAUACAUGUUAAAAAAUUUUACAAUAAUAAUUCCGAGCGACAUCACUUGGUAUGCAGCAUUAAUUAGUAUUGUUAGCCAUGUACAGUCCGAUAAACAACUCGAUAAGGUAUAUGAAGUUCUUAACAAAUUUCCAAAUUUUAUGAUUUAUUUGCCAAUAUUGAUUGUUAAACAAGCAAUAGAUAUACGCUUGUUCGAAAUCGAAAAUCAGCUGAAUUAUUUUCGAUGCUUUGUGCGGAAGUAAUAAAUUGCAUUGUAAUGCACAUGUCUACAUUCAAUAUACAUAUAUGUAUAAUAUUUCAUAAGAUUACUACUUGUGUUGCAAAAUUUAUAUUUAGUAU